UGUGUCGAAUUUCAUAAUAUUUUGAAUUUGCGUUUCGUGUGGAGCGGAUAUUUUGUGCGUAUAAAUUUGUGUUGAGUUGAUAUGCAACAAAGUGCGAAGCCAGGAAUUAUAGAAAUUUGACUAGUUGGUGUCUGUUAUUGGCGAUAAAUAAAGAUUCAAAAUGCUAAAAUCGAUCGAUGAGAAAGUGACCGAUGAAGUCCACGAAUAUCACCUGCCGCCGGUAGCAUCCACCGGCCCACAAAUAAACCAUGGUGUUGGACUAAAGAGAAUGGCAUUAAAUGACACAAAAGCUGGCAUGGAAGGUCUUGAUGUUCAACGAAUCAACCAAAUCAUCGAAGAAGCGUCCAAAGGAAGCAAAUAUUACAUGCACCAGCAGAAUCAACAGGACAAACUAAAUGUUCGCAUACAGCACAUCCAGGAAUCGUUCAACAAUUUGACCAGCGAACAAAUUGUGAAUUCAACGCUAGUGAUGGACAAAAUGGCAAAGAAAAUGGAAUUCGAAAGAGUCUUAGGUCGGACUAUUGUUCAUGUGGACAUGGAUGCUUAUUAUGCGGCUGUUGAAAUGAGAGACGAUCCCACAUUGAGCAAUGUACCCAUGGCAGUAGGUGGAGAAUCUAUGCUGUCUACAUCAAAUUACUUGGCAAGGAAAUUCGGUGUACGAGCUGGAAUGCCGGGAUUCAUUGCAAGAAAAUUGUGUCCGCAGUUGGUUAUUGUUCCAACCAAUUUCGACAAAUACGGGAGAAUUAGCAAGGAGAUUCACGAAGUCUUCCGACUGUACGAUCCGAAUUUCUCGUCGGUGUCGUUGGACGAGGCUUAUUUGGACAUCACAGAGUAUUUGGAGAAUGAAAACGGUUUGAGAUCGGACGCGGAAAUGGUCACGGAGGAGGAAGUUACUCAAGAAAUACGCGACAAGAUCUUCGAUAAAACCAAACUAACUGCGAGUGCGGGAAUUGCUUGCAAUUGCUUACUGGCCAAAAUAUGCGGAGACAUCAAUAAACCGAACGGACAAUACUAUCUUCCUCCGACGAUCGAAGCCAUUAAAGAAUUUGUCGUCAAAUUGCCGAUUAGAAAAGUUACCGGCAUUGGUAACGUUACCGAGCAAUUGCUGAACAGCCUCAACAUAUUCAAUUGUGGAGACUUGUGGGAACAUCGAGGCGUCAUCAACCUUCUAUUCAAACCGGCAACGGUUUCAUUUCUGCUGGCUGUUUCAUUGGGCAUUGGAAAUUCUUGGUUCAGUGUGUCAUCCGAUGCCGUCGAUCAAAAUCAAAAGUCGAUCAGUUCGGAACGGACUUUUUCCGGUUCGAACACAAACAUUGACCCGAAACUGUGUCACAGUCUAUGCGGCGACUUGGAAAGAGAGCUCAUUUCAAAGGACCUUAAAGCACUGACUGUAACACUGAAGAUAAAAACCGUCGAUUUUCAAGUGAAGACCAGAGCAGUACGUCUACUAACCGCCACCAACGAAGCAGAUAUUAUUUUCGAGACUGCCUGGGGUAUUUACAAGUCGCUUGCUAGUGAAUGCAAGGACCUGGCAAUUAGAUUGCUCGGAGUUCGACUAUCAAAUUUUGAACAGUCGUCGGGUGAGGAAACAGAUGACAAUAAUGUGUCCACAUCUUUACAAUCAACUAAACAGAAAAAACAGGGAAGAAUCGAUCAUUUGCUGGUGAAGUUGAACACAAAGGAAGUUACGGAGAAGAAGGACGUACCGAGAUUCGAAUGUCCGAUUUGUUGCACAAAAUUUUUCGUUUACAACGGAUUAGAAUCCCACGUUGAGAAAUGCUUGACCAAUACGGCUGACACGACAUCAUCGCCGUUAGAAACUAUUGACGAUGGUGCUACCAAUUCCUCAAGUUUAACCAAAAAUAAACGGAAAAGUCCCAAGAGUAACAAUUCGAACGAUAAAAAAAGAUCGAAAAUCAAUCCUUCGAAUGGACAUCGUAAAAUAACGGAUUUUACAAUCAGUGGGAACAGUUCGGACAGCUUUUAUAAAACAACAUUACCGAGUUGACGCGCGGAGCGAUGGAAAUGGUAAGUUUUGUUGACAACGUUACGUUCAUUAGACUGUGAUUAAAGAAAUUGUUUUCGAAUUUUGUAUGCGCUAAAAGUGAAUAAAAUCGAAACAGAGGAAUGGG